GUCAAUUAGUACUUUACAUUCUGAUAUAUCUCAAUCAUUGUGUGGAUGACAUUCUGAACCUCAACGUGAUUCAUUAUUUCUCAUACAUGAUAAUGAUUAACUGAUUAACCUUUUUUCAUCAUCUUUUGUGUUUCCACAGAUUCUUCUGAUUUUCCAAUUGUGGCAUGGUUGUUGAAAUUGGAUAAAACUAAAACAUCUCGGAGAAUAGUUUUUUUCUUCUAUCAUGGCGCGAAGAUCUCCUCGUCUGGUAAACCAAAAAUGCGAAACAGGUUGCACAUCCCGAAUGUUUGGAAUCUUUAACUUUCAUGAAGCUCGUUCUGAUAGAAGAUUGGUUUCCAAUGGUAGCCAUUUGAAUAAACACACCACUGGUCAGAGAAAUGGAAAAUCCAAAAUUAACUCGGAUGUGCUUAGCACGGUCGAUGAAAAGUACCCUCAUGCUGCUGAUGCAAGUUCGAGAAGAAAAAGAGGUUUAAGUUGUAAGAAUAUCUGCGUGGAGGAUAAUCAGAUUGCAGAUUUGGAAAAGGAAGUAACGAAAAUGAUUGUUAAUCAAAGAUUUUUUGACAAAAACUCUCGAGGCAAAGACGGUGUAGACUGUCAGCCUAAUCAGUUCUUAGAUGCUGUACAGAUUUUAUAUUCAAACAAGGAACUUUUUGUUAAGCUUCUGCAAGAUCCAAACUCUCUGUUGGUGAAACAGAUUCAUGACUUACAGAAAUCUCAAGUGAAAGCGGAACAAAAUGGAAUGACUAGAUUGAAUAAAGCUCAAAACAGUGGCAGUUUUGUUGAUAGGUCUAAAUCGAGUUCAGAUUGCGAGACUCAGUCCUCUAAAAGAAUAGUAGUUUUGAAGCCUAAGAUGAGUAAUGUGAAAGAAAUUGCUGACAGUAGAUAUGUGCUUAUGAGUGGAUCACUAGUACAAGCUAUACAUGAUCAAUUUGAAGAGAACCAUCUUGCAGACAUUGCAACAUUCUCUUUGGAUCCAAUGAACAAAUCAAAUGACAUCAUAAGUGAAGUUCUGCAGGCUUUCAGCUUGAAAUGCGAUGAACCGAUAAAGAGUUAUUUAUCAAACCUUUUGACGGAUUCAUCCACUUUUGAAGAACUGAAUGGAUUAACUGACCAACUUUCUGACAGUAAAAUCUUGCAUGACUGUAUCAUCCAAUGUUUCAUGGACUUAUACCAGAGCAGUGGUUUUCUACCUCAAUUUUCAUCAAGAAAUUCAAACUUCUUCCAACCAUGUGUUGUGAAGAAAAUUUUGGUUAGAGAAAUUAAUGAACUUGUUAACCUGCACUUUGCUCCUCGUCAAUCACCAAUAACGUUACAGCAGGUUGUUGAAAAGGACUUAGGAAGACGUGGAUCAUGGAUGAAUAUCCAUGUGGAUACAGAAGACAUUGCAAUUGAAGUGGAGGAAGAUGUUUUGGAAAAACUGGUUUUGGAAAUAGUCUCUGAUAUGGAUAUCAGAGACUUGAUACAAUGCAAUGAAACUAUGUCAAAAUCAUAAAAUUUUCGGUGUGAUAGUAUUUAUAUAUUUUUUUCAAUUGUACUCUUUUAAUAUUACAAGCAUGACUGUAAAUUCAAUAUUUUUUUACUUUAUAUUAAUGAUAGUGAUAAGCCCCUCAA